UUGCCAUUCUACAUAUGUUGCCCGGCAGCUAUAUUAUGAAAGCUUUAUACUUAUGUUAAAAAUAAUGUACAUAUUACCUAUCGGGCCGAACUUGUAGCUGCCAAAUGUUUUUACAGCGAUAUACGAGAAGGUCUCCUGCAUCCUUGCAAAUUGAAUGUACGAAAGGGAGGGGUUGAUGGGGGGGGGUUGUCACCUUCGGGUUGAAAAUAUGUUUAUUAGCCUCAUUUAUGUGUCCUCAUUUAUGUGUAUAUCUUUUUUUCAGUUUGCCUUGAAUAGUAUUUAUAUAUCGAACACUGGUAUGGUAUUCUUUAGCCGCUGAUUGACAAUAUAGGCACCUCGGCAUAAAGAGCUCUGUUUAUAAAUUUAUGCCAAUAUGCACAGGACUGUAUUGGUAGUUAUGUGCUAUCUAUAUGGCAAUGUCGUCCACGGUCACACCUACAUGUCCGUACCCGAGGCGCGCAAUGUGCCCAACAACGGUGAACGACAAUCAUUGGCGGCCGGAGGGCCUGCGACUGUUAAUGGGGAUGGCCAGUACCGUCACGGGCUCUGUGGUGCCUCUCACACCGCCGCAGAACAACGCUUCAAUGCUCCCGGACCAGUUCAGGGUACAUACACUGAAGGAGGAAACAUCGAUAUCACUCUAGUGGUCACCGCUCAUCACAGCGGAUACUAUGACUUCCAGCUGUGCCCCAGCACUGACAUCACGGAAGAGUGCUUCAAUCGCAAUCGAUUGCGUCGUGUGAAUUGUGAUGUUAGCGCAAGUGUGGACGAUCCAAACUGCGAGCGCUGGUGGAAACCCCUUGCGAACACUGAAACAAAGGCAUAUGUUGUGACAGCGAAUGGGGGCUAUCAGUGGGAUACCAUAUCCUCCGGAACAGUGACUAUGAAGGCACGAUACCAGCUUCCCGAAGGGGUAUCUUGUAGCAACUGUGUUCUACGUUUUCACUGGUAUAGCACAAAUUCAUGUCCUCCUACCAACCUUGAGCGUCGAGCGAGCGCAGUCUCUGAAGAGUUUUUCAACUGUGCAGAUAUCCGUAUCGAAGCCGCCAAUGGCAGAACAGCAAACACAGACAUUCCUAAUGUAGGGGAGCGACUGCUCAGUGAACGUCCUCGUGAUUUGAUUCCUCUGGGACUCAACGACUUCUGCCCUCAGCACGCUAUCGGAGAAUACCAGGAGUACGCAAAUGUGGUGCAAUGUUUCGCAACUGGUGAGGUGGACUGUACCUUCCCCUUCACUGCUGGAGUGGGUCGACCACGACCAAGCGAUGCCUUGCCUGUUCGGAUCGAAGACGGGAGCAGCAACAACAACAAUAAUAAUAAUAACAAUAAUAAUGACAAUAACAAUGGCAUUAACAAUAACAGUAACAAUAACAAUGAUGGCAACAGCGAAAUUAUAGACACGCCUGUACUUGGAGGUGAAAUCUGCGGUACAUGCCGAGGUUGUUUGAGAACGGACGUCAGUGCAUGUUUCACGACAUGGACGACGGAUGUAUGCGCUCGCUUCACAAAUGAGAGUUAUGUCUUCUGCCAAGGACACAUGAUGGAAGAUGCCAAGGAGAUCGAUGAAAUGGUCGAUGAAAUGGUUGAUGAAAUGGUUGAUGAAAUGGUUGAUGAAAUGGUUGAGGAUGAAAGUGCUGAGCUGGAGGAGAUGAAAGAGCAUGAAGGCAUGGGUGUCGAACAGCCCACCAUUUGCGGAUCCUGCAAUGGAUGCUUGCGCAAUGAUGUCAAUGCGUGCUUCACAGACUGGGAUGAAGUCAUCUGUAACCGCUAUCUGGAAAUUGGAUAUACAUUCUGUUCCCCUAGCAUAUUCCCCCCUGGAAGAAACUAAGUAGUCGGCGACAUAAACACGUUGUGAGCCAUAAGUAUCGGUGCUCCAGAUCGAGACACGGCGUUACUUCCUCAAGUGUGAAACAUGUCCAUCAGAGAAUCCUAUUCCGUGAAUAGAACAAGGAGGUCGUGCAUAGUAUUGCUUAGUAGUAUCAUGCCACAUACCAUCCCAGAAUAAAUGACUUAUUAGGA